CCGCCGAGCCCCGGGCCUAGGCCCCGCCGCGUACUCGCGCCGCCCCGGCCUUCCAGGCACCGCGUUGGCGGGGACAUGCAACCGCCGGGCCCUGCGCCGCCGCUCUACGCUCCUGGUAGCGGCGACUUCACCUUCGUCUCUUCCACCGACGCCGACGAUCUUAGUGGUUCCAUAGCAUCGCCAGAUGUUAAACUAAAUCUAGGAGGUGGAGGAGGAGAGUUCAUCAAAGAAUCUUCUGCAACUACAUUCCUGAGACAAAGAGGGUAUGGCUGGCUUCUGGAAGUAGAAGAUGAUGAUGACCCAGAAGAUAACAAGCCACUUCUGGAGGAACUAGACAUUGAUCUGAAAGAUAUUUACUACAAAAUUCGAUGUGUGCUGAUGCCUAUGCCAUCACUUGGGUUUAAUAGACAAGUAGUGAGAGACAAUCCUGAUUUUUGGGGUCCUCUGGCAGUUGUUCUCUUCUUCUCUAUGAUUUCAUUAUAUGGACAAUUCAAGGUGGUUUCUUGGAUUAUAACUAUUUGGAUAUUUGGAUCCUUGACAAUUUUUUUAUUGGCCAGGGUUCUUGGAGGAGAAGUUGCAUAUGGCCAAGUUCUUGGUGUGAUAGGAUAUUCUCUACUUCCACUCAUUGUAAUAGCACCUGUCCUUCUGGUUGUUGGAUCGUUUGAAGUUGUAUCUACACUAAUAAAACUGUUCGGAGUCUUUUGGGCUGCAUACAGUGCUGCUUCAUUGCUGGUUGGAGAAGAAUUUAAGACCAAGAAACCCCUUCUGAUUUAUCCAAUUUUUUUGUUGUAUAUCUAUUUCUUGUCCUUAUAUACUGGGGUGUGAUAUAGUGUUGGAUGUGUCAGAAAUAAUACUUCAUACACAUGCAGACUGGUAAAGCAUAAGAUUAAAAUGGUUGCAGAAAAUAACAAGCAACUGUGCUCUAUCCAGUUGUCAGGAGGUUUUGAAAUCUAAACCAUGUGUGUAUAUUAUUUAAUUCAGCAACUGUAGCUAUAUAGAUUUGUAUCAAAGUUUUAGGUUUGUUUAAGACUCUUCAGAUUUUAAUGAACAAAAUAUAAGAAUCUUGUGUUUUAUAAGAUUGUGUAGCAAAAAUACAUCUUGACACCUGUGCCAAAAAUACCAGAUGACCAUGUUAUACUGAAAGGGUGUGAAAAGAGAUUAGUCUCAAAGUGCAAUUUUUCUUUUUGGUUAAAUACAGCUGGCUUUUUUUGGCACAGCAAAUUCUGUAGAUAUCUAUUUAUGAACCAGUCCUGAUUGUUCACAAAAUGGUCUGUAUAAAUUGAGCUAUUAAAAUAUUAUUUUAAUUUAGUGCCUCUUAUCUUUGAUUUGGCUAUUGAGUUUUAUAAAUUCUAAUUGAAAAAAAAACUGUACAUAAUGCAUAUUUUGUAUCUACUCCUUGUGCACAUCAUCGGUACUCUUUGGUUGAGGUGUACACUCGGUUUAAACACUUGAACACUCAACUAUUUGAGAAGGAGCAAGUAAUAUAGUGUGACACCAAUUCAUUAAAUGGCUUAUUUGCAGAAUCAGUACACUUUAUUUUAUACUUAACAAUGAGAAUUUAAGUCACACAGAAAAAACUUUGUCAACUGAAGUAUUGGAGUAGUAAUAUGGGAGAAGGAAGAUGAUCUUUCAAAUUUUUGUGAUUUUUGAGAGAUGUUUUACAAUGACAAAAUAAACAGAAUGCUUCCUUUACUUUGUUUGAUAAAUCCUUGUUCUGUUUUGCUUUCAGUAGCACAUUGUUUAUCAGGUCUUUCCCCCCACCAAAUAUACCAAUCAUGUAUUAAGUAAAAUGUUAUGUUUUUUUUUUUUUAAGGCCUGAUUCUGCCUCUGAGUAGAUGAGGCAGAAUCAUAGUCAUAAUAAGUAACACAUUUUUGAUUAUCAGAAGAUUAUGUAAUAACAUUAUGACUUAUUAAAUAUUUACCUGUGUAUGUUGUAUAAAUGGUUUCUAUAGUUGUCCUCGUUGACAAUAUUCAUGGAAAAUGAGUCUUCACAAAUAGUAAGUCUGUUGAAGCUAACUUCGCAUGAUGCCAGCUUUCUUGAAGCAAAGUUGUUUGUAAUCUUUAGUAUCUAACACUUGCAAAUAUUGGUAAGUUGUGUCUAAGUUGGAAAAACAUCUUUUUGGGAACCCUUUUUAAAAAAGAGGUAACUUCAGGCAUCUUCAUUCUGAUGUAUUACAUGCAAAAAUAUCAAGUGCUAGGUAAUAUGAAGGGCUUUUAGCUCCCACACUAUACAAGCUUUUGUAUGUUAGCUUGUUUUGCAUAUAUUACACAGUUAUGUUUGUCUGCAUAACUUGGAACUUUAUUAAAUGAUAUAAUUUCAUACUUGGUAAUGGAAUUAUUGAUUAAAAAAAUUGAACUUUAAAAACUCUCAGUCAAAGGAAACUAGUCAAGUCACUGCUUAGGUUCCUGGAGACUGCAGACUAAAUUAUUUCAGGGUGGUACUAGACAAAUACUACGAUAGCAAAUCCUAACUUUGCUAGGAUACAUCUCACAAUACACUAAAAAGAAGGAUAA